UAUACCGUACAUGUUGGUAGACAAUGUUGGUACAUGUUGAUGGAUUGGGAACAAUGUCAAUGUUUAUCGUAUUCGUCUUUCAAGUGUACUGAUUCGUCCUUUAUUGGCGGCUGAGUAACACCGAAGCUGUUGUUAAUGCUGGUCAAUGUCCAUUUUGUUAUCAACAACAGAACCUUCAUAAUCCACUUAUAACUCAGUAAUUCGAUCGGAAUUUGCGUAUGCAUCUCACGUGUAAUAUGCAUUGUGCAUCGCAUUCAUUGUCAGACGUAAUGGAUCCUGUCACGAUUCCUGACGGUCGUCUCCGCGUCUCAAUAACGCACAAGAGUGGUCACUUGGUAUCGCUAUAUAAUUGAAUGCCAUUGAGAUUACUUAUGCUGUGGACGCUCCUGCUUGUAUUUUCCUUCCUCCUCCUUGUGAUAAGAGGAUAUCCUCUACAGACUUAUUAUCAACCGGCUUAUACACAACCGAACCCACAACCCCAAAUGCAGGGUCCGAGCGUUUAUUUGGAUGUAGAUUAUGCCGAUCUGAGGAUAAAUACAGCGCCGCAUAUAAACGGCUAUCAUGUUAAUCGGGAUGUUGCCUGGAUAGGCGGCGGUCAGCCGAUGGGCUGGACCGGUGCACAAUCCAUGCCCUUAACAGCCUAUUCGCCCAUGAAGUUAUCAGUACUACCAAUGGCUAAUAGACUGAUGUCCAUGCGUCUUACGGCGCCGCGCGCUAUCAGUGUGAAGUGGAUUGGCACGAAGUCCGCCAUCAGUGUGAAACCGCAGCCGAAGCUGUCAGCCGCGCAUGACAUGAAUAUUACUCCUCCACCGGGAAAACUGGCAAUGUCGACCUUGCUGCUAGAUUACCCGGUAGCCGCACAAAUCAUGCGACGUCGAGGCCAACUCCAUAAACUUCUUCAAAUGCAUCGCAACCAGCUCGUACCAUAAAAUCAAAUUCUGUUAUAGUUAACCUUCUACCUGCACAGCCGCUUCCGCCUCCUCUUUUACCUUAUGUGUACAUAUUGGGUUUCGUUUUGCUCAGUGUUCUUUGUUUGUUUUUUGGCUGUACUGCAGUGUUUUCUCAGUUUAGCUGGUUGUUGUUUGGGUUGUUGUUGGUUCAUUUGGAUAAAUGUUGUAUGUAUAGACAAUAAUUAUUUGCACUAUCCUGUCAUUAGGAAAGUAUCUUCUGUGAAGGGAUGUUCCAAAUACACAGGAUUCCCUCUACUUGUACCGGUAGUUGUAUCUGCACUCUUGUUCUUACAUGUUCGUCCAACUUAAUUUCAU